CUCACGAGAUCGCACGGGGGUUGCUCGGAGCCUUUGCCACGAGUCCGCGAUCCCGGCUUUUGUGCUCCCGUGCUUUUGUGCUUUUGUGCUUUUGUUGCCACGCGAGUUAAUUACUCCCGUCACGGUUUUUUUUUCCUUUAUUUUUUUUUGUAAUUGGACUCUCUUUCGCUCUCUCUCUCUAUCGCCAGAUCCCGUCCAGUUUGGAUUCCGCGAAGUGAGGCGACAGGCCCGGAUAGGCAACCCGCCAUGCUCGCAUGCACCUCCAGAUUGCAUUGGCCCAGCCCGCCGGCACUUGCAGAUGUGCCAUCACAGCUGUGUGGCCCUGUUAUCACCAACUCCCGCGUCCGGCGAGUGUGUUAGUUCGGGAUUCGUGUUAUCAAUCGUGUACUGCGCGGGGCCGCUCGAAUAACGUAAUGAUCACCGAUCUCCUUUUACGAUCGGGACGUGUUUUCAUGAAAUAAAUUGUGUUAUUGUUCCCAUUCCGAGUACGUGUGAUUGUUGUAAAUGAUAAUUCCUGCAGAGGUUUGAUACUUUUAUGUGUAAUUAAAGUUUUAAUCUCAUCUUUUACUUAAUUUAUUUUUUACAAACAAACAACAAUGUGAUGCCCCAUCAAGCUCUUUUUGAUUGGAUGAUCCGCAAAUUCAUCAUGCCGCGAAGGUUUUGUGCGACCAAAAAACCGGCUUAGAACUCGGCUCAACUCUUUCGAUCGGUGCCCAAAUCGCCACGUCCAAAAACCAUUCGUUUACAAAAAAGUAUUCAUGCAAUACAAGUUUAAAACUUCAUUUACUUCAACCAUCAUGGUGCUUCAAACUAAAAAUUUCAUUAUGAUUGUAUAGGCAAGCGAAUUAUUAAAAAAAAAAAAAAAAUUCAAAACAAACGCAGAGUUUACCAAGAACAUAAAUUAGGAACAUUUCACUGAAAUCACACCUAGGCCCGAUAAAUCUCCGCACAAAACUUAGAAAAUAUCAUCGGAAAUUACCGAACAAUGCGUUUGACACCGUGUGUAAUCCUCCAAAAAUCAGAACCCAAAAUCGGAAUUAAUUAUGUGACCGACUUCCAGUGAUCAUGUCGAGAAAACUCACGUCGCUCCUUAUACUAGGCAACCUGUAAGCAGCGGUGUAUCGUAGUUUGCCUACCCAUGCGGCGAGUAGCUUCGUAACCGUGCGACGAUGUUCAAGUCGGUGCGUCACGGGGAGAACGUGCUGCAGUACACGAUCCUGCCGCAGGACGAAGAGGGCGCCAUCUCCGGGGGUGCCCCGGGGGCGCGAGGGAGGGGGCCCGGGGGCGCCCGACGACGGAGCUCGGAGCGGCGGGCGCGGCGCAAGAGCGUCUCCACGUGGAUCAUCGUCGCCAUCUUGGUCUGCAUCGCCGUGACUGGUGCGGUCGUCGUGCCGGUCCUCCUCUCGGUUGGCCCCGGUGGCGCGCACCCCUCCAAGAAGUUCCAAACCUUCGCUCUCGCCGCCUCCAGCCUUAAGGAACAUGCUGGGCGGUACAAUAUCCACGGCACACAGUUCAUAGUGGUACCGGUCGAGCAGGUGGAAGGCCCCCAGGGACUUUUGGAAGAAUUGGACAGUCAGUUGUCGCACGAAGAGCAUCAUCAAGCUGCCGUGGCCCCAGCGACGCCUGCAACACAGCCUCCCGCAACCCGCACGACAAGACUCAACGCCACCCAUCCCUCUUCCUCCUCUCCAACCCCCGCCCCGGUGGAUCCGGGUGGACAUUGACCACAGAGGGAGGCUCUACCUUCUGAAGAGUGGAAUCGGCACUGAUGUGUGGGAGGUGGACUGAUGAGCUGGCAAGGAUAAAUUCAAGGUGAGUCGGGCGAAUUCCACCGGGAGGUUAAAACUCGGCUGAGCCUGGAAGUCCUGUCAACACCUUUGAUACCGGUAGAUCUGGCAUCUUGCUGUGUGCUCCAAAGUUUACUUGCAAGAUUCAUACACAACAGCACAGCGUACAAACUUUAUUCCUAUACUCAUUUCUAGAGUAUUCACCAAAUCUGGGAGGGUUCCUUUAUAGCAACCUUCAAACAACGAUUUUGUACAGAUGAUUACCUACUAUUUGCCUUUAAGGUCAUUCUAUUGGACCAGAAAUUAAUUUGUGGACCUUGAUCUCAUUUAGUAAAAUAAGUGUCAUUGUAUUAAUCCUACAAUUGACUAUAUAAUGGCAAAUUUUAACAGGUGGAUAAAACUCGCCCUAGAGAAAUGUUUAUACCUACACUUAACUUUUCUGAUUCAGGCUAAGUUGACGUUACCUAUUAUUUGGUACUGUGAAAUGCUGAUGGUCGCAGUGAAACUUUAGUAAAGAAUACACAAGAGUGGAAUAAUUAAGUGAAUGAAAAUUUGCUAUCUCGGCAUCAAUUUGUGAGAGGCUUUUGGCGAAUCUUGAAAAGGCCGUGGUCAAUUUUGGCAAAAGCAGAAUUGAAAAAUUAUUGUGCAAAUCUGGGGUCUAUCCGACCAUGUAAAUAUAAUUGAUGUGUCAUUAAAUGUAGGUACUCAGAUAGUAUAUUAAUCACUUCUUUGUAAAGAUAUUUUGUUAAACAAAUUCUUGUUGUUUAAUUUUUUUAAAAAAAAUAGAAUAAUAAAAAAAGUGUGAAGCUA